UUGAUCCGCAAACAUUACCACAUACAGUGUCCUAUCACCCAGGUAAACACUCAUUAAUGGCCACAAAUAGACUCUAGAUGCCCCAUACCACGACAGAGGUCCUUUGACAUCAAGCGGACCAAAUCUGGUGGCUGUAUGAACAUUUGUAUUCAUGGGGGCAUGUGAGACAAAGAAGGGUCUAUAGUUCAUAUAGCAACUAUUGAAGAAAAUGGCAUUGACAGUGUGAAAGGUGCGGUUUUAAUUGGGGGAAAACAGUGAUACACAUUGUUCAGUGUGACUGCAGCUGUAAGAUGUGAAAGUUUUGAGCUGACUGGGUCUUAAGUAUUUCCGGUAGCAGGAGUGACGACAGAUUUCGCGGCGGGCGAGAGAGAGUGUUGGCUGACAACUUCCCCAGAGCAGAGCGGAUUAUGAAGGAGAGUCAUGUCUCUCUUUGCUAUCCUGCUGGCUCUGGUGCUGGUCUUCAUAGACGGAGCCUUGUCAGCUUGCAGCAAUGGAGGAAGCUUCACUACAUUCUCGAGUCAGAGUUUCACAACUGACAACUACCCCGGAACAUACCCUUACGAGCCGUGUGAGUGGUCGGUGACUGUACCAGUCGGUUCGGUUGUUCUUCUCAGUUUCGACGCCUUCGACUUGGGGACGAACUUCGUCGGAAGCUGCAUCAAUGACUACAUAGAGGUGUAUGACGGAGAUUCGGCAACGGGAACUCUUUUAGGCCAGUACUGUGGCACGUCUCUACCCCCGGACCUGCUGACGACAUCCAACAUCAUGACUGUCAAACUUACAGUGGGCCUGAGCAGCGCUUUCAACUCUUUCAACACUCAAACGGGUUUCUCAGCUGUAUUUACUGCAAGCGCAGCGGGACUGGAUUCCGGAUGUGGGAAUAUCGGGACAUACAACGGACAGUCGAGUGGAUCUUUCUCCACUAUGAACUACGGAAGCGGACAAUACGACAACAGUGCCACUUGUACCUGGGAGAUAACGGUUACCUCUGGGAUGUAUGUUGCCCUGUCCUUCAGCAGCUUUGACGUCGACACUUUCACGUGUGCGGGGAAUGAUAAAGUUACCGUUUACUACGGCGUAGGAAGUGGCUUGUCGGAAGAAGGAUCUUACUGUGGAACCAAUUCAGGUAUCGGCAGUUACCCCCCGGCCACGGUGUAUUCGUGUACGAACGAAAUGACCGUUAUUUUCACCAGCGACUCUUCAGGCACGAACAGCGGCUUUCUCGCGUCAUUUUUGGAAUCAGCUACUGGUUCUGCAUGUCCAACAACAACCGUUGCCCCGACAACGGUCGCCCCAACAACAACAACCGUCGCUCCAACAACAACACCAGCGCCCACAACGAUCGUCACUACAUUGGCUCCGACGACACCGAUAUCCUACAGCACCAGCUGCACCGGAACGGGAAGUACCAUGACGUCAACGACAGGCACCUUGCAGACCAUGAAUUAUCCCAGCGCGUACGACAGCUAUUCAAACUGUACCUGGGAAAUACAGGUCGCAGCAGUGAGCUCGGUCAGCCUGUCCUUUGACAACUUCCGAGUCGGCGACCCGAACGACACGAACUGUACGGCAGACUAUGUGGCGGUUUACGAUGGUCUCAGUCCCAACACUGUGCUCAUGGGAACGUACUGCACCUGGGCAACCCCACCGAACAUCACCGUGUCUUCAGGCGAACUGACCAUUAUCUUCAUCAGCGACGGUGUCGACAACACACAGGGCUUUUCAGCAACAUACACCGUCACACCGACAACGCCUCCUCCAACGACAGCUCCACCGACUACAACAAACCCUCCGACCACGGCUGCCCCAACAACCACGGCUAUACCCUCUACUCUUGCUGCAACAACAACGACUGUAGCAACAACUACUGUUGCACCCACUACAACAGCAGCACCAACGACGGCACAACCUACAACCGCAGCCCCCACCACUGUGCAACCUACAACCGCAGCCCCCACCACUGUGCAACCUACAACCGCAGCCCCCACCACUGUGCAACCUACAACUGCAGCCCCCACUACUGCGCAACCUACCACAACAGCAGCGACAACCGCGCAACCUUCAACUGUUCCUACUACCACUGCAUCGCCGUCAACGGCAGCCACUACGACUACACAACCUUCAACAGCCGCCACAACUACCGCGUCACCGUCUACUACAGCCUCUACUACGGCACAGCCUUCCACAGCGCCUCCUACAACCGUGCCACCAUCAACGACUGCCCUAACUACUACACAACAAUCAACACUUGCCUCUACAACCACACAAGCGUCGACAGCACCUCCUACAACUACACCACCUUCCACCGCUGUCCCUUCAACCACCCAGCCUUCGACACUGGUCACUACAACUCAGCAGCCCUCGACUGCCGCCCCUACAACUGUACCGCCGUCAACAUCAGCCCCAACAACAGCACAGCCUUCAACAGUGCCCUCUACAACUACACAAACUUUAACAACAGCGCCGACUACACCGCAAGUUACAACAGCGGCUCCAACCACUGCACAACCUACAACGACACCUGUACAGACCACUCCGAAAGCAACCACGGUUCUUACAACAGCGCCAACUACACCAGCCGUAACAACUGUACCCGUUACAACGACCCAGCUGCAAACAACCCCAGCCCCGAACACGACGUGCCCUGACAGCGGCGUCCUGACGGACCAGUACGGCUCGGUGUCCUCCAUGAACUACCCGUUCCCGUACCUGAACAACGCCUACUGUGAGUGGGUUAUAGCUGUGGGGGCUGGCUUGGUCAUACAGCUGCAGUUUAACGCCUUUGUGUUGGAACCAAGCACUGCUGACCCCAACUGUACCAAGGAUUAUGUCAAGGUCUACCAGGGGACAGGGUCGUCCAAGACUUUGGCAGGUACGUACUGUGGACAAAGUAUUCCUGCCACCUUUACCUCCUCGGGAAACACCAUGUCUGUAUCCUUCACAUCUGACGGGUCCUUCACGUACCAGGGCUUCAUAGCGGUCUACACGGCUAUACAACUCACAACCCAAGGUACUACAACCGUGACACCAGCCACACCCUGGAUAAGCUUCACAGAGAGCAUCAUCGCCGUUGUGUUCCUGUGUCUAUUGGCGCUCCUGGUUAUCGCAAUGGCGGCCUACUGCGUCUACGCCACUUGCCGAAAAAAGCCGAAGGUUGCCGACGGAGAGUCGAACCCUCUGAAGGCCAACAACCAAAAGGCAAACAAUGGAAAGAACAGUGACAAGGGAAUCGAACUCCCCCCUUACAACGGUACCAAACCGCCCAAACAAGCCUUCGGCCCGAACACCGCAGCAGCGGCGGGGGCUGUAGCGGGUGGAGCCGCCGUCGGUGGUACGGCUGCGGCCGUGGCGGCAAACAGCAACGCGGCCGGGAAAAAGUCUAUCCUAAAGAACGGCGGAUCCGGAGGGUCGGGACAGGAGGCACCAGUUACUGCAAGCAGCAAGUUUGCGGGUCCGGCAGCUGGGGCGGGAGGGGCGGCAGCGGGCACGGGGACGGGGGUGGCGGUG